UGGAAGGGUUACUAUUGUGCCCACAAAAUUUUUGGUGUUACACUCUAUAUAUAGCACAACUCUUUCCUCCUUGAGGCGAAUACAACAACUCUGCGGUCAUGAACUUUGCUUAGCACUACCAUAUUCCUAGAUUUGCAGGUUCUUAAGGGUUUGAAGGUUCCUCUUUCAAGUCUUAGUAUUCUCAGGAUGUUCAGUGUUCGCCUUCUUAUCCAAGAUCACGUAUCAGGCAGAGAAGAUGGACAUGCCCAUGUCUAACAGCACGAUGCCGAUGGAGAUGCAGAUGAGUUUCUAUUGGGGAAAACAUGCCACAGUGCUUUUUUCUGGGUGGCCUAACAACAGUGUUGGCAUGUACAUCUUAGCUCUCUUUUUUGUGUUCUCUUUAGCCAUUACGACUGAGAUUUUGUCGAACCAGCCACUCGUCAAGCGCGGGACUAGUCCCCUCAAGGGAGGGCUUAUUCUGGCUUCUGUCCAUUUCUUUCGCACCGGUCUCGCUUACCUGGUGAUGCUUGCUGUCAUGUCCUUCAACGUUGGAAUCUUCAUAGCUGCUGUUGCUGGACACACCUUGGGAUUUUUCAUUGCAAAGUCUCGUGCUAUUGCGGUAGCAAACAAGGAAAAUCAAGAGUCCUCCUCUCCUACUCUCAAAAUUUGAAUUGGUUUUCUGUACUAUAUAUGCAUGCAUGAGUGUGAUGUUAAUUACAUGGAUUUCCUUUAAGCUUUUCUUGUUUAUUAGAUAUGUAGAUUGGUUAGCAGUGCCUGCUUGUAUUUCUCAAGUACUUCAAGUGUGUUCAAAUUAAUAUUCUGGAUUGUUAUUUAA